GGUUAAAUCUGCGAGCAUAACAACAAGAAGAAGAGGAAACAAAGGAAAGCUCCAGAGACAGAACAAAACCCAACUAUCUCUCUCUCUUUGUUUUUGUCCAUUCCUAGUCAUUGAUUUUUUCUUGCAAGCCGCUCUUUUGACAUAUAUAUCUAAAGUUCAAUUGGAUCUCAAUUUCUUUUCAAAAAGAAAAAAGACCCGGAAAAAAAAGAUCUCGAAUUUGUAUCCAUUAAGCGGUGGAAAGUAAGGAUUUUCUUUUUUCUGAGGGAGAAUGGCCAGUGGGGAUCUGGAGAGAGGAGGAGGAAGUAAUGGGAAGAACAGGGCAAAUAACUAUUACCAAUCAGCUUCUACAGGUCCAUACUAUAUGGAAAGUGCUGAAAAGCAAUGGACUUCGUGGCUUGUUCCGAUGUUUGUGGUGGCUAAUGUUGCUGUUUUUGUUGUGGUGAUGUAUAUCAAUAACUGUCCUAAGAACAAUCUGGGAAUCGAAGGGAGCUGUGUGGCUAAGUUUCUUGGCAGGCUUUCUUUUCAGCCUUUGAAACAAAACCCUCUCUUUGGUCCUUCUUCUAAUACAUUGGAAAAAUUGGGAGCAUUAGAGUGGAACAAGGUAGUGCAUGGUGAUCAAGGAUGGAGGCUUAUCACUUGCAUCUGGUUGCAUGCAGGUGUUAUUCAUCUGCUUGCAAACAUGUUGAGCUUGGUCUUUAUUGGAAUUCGCCUUGAACAGCAAUUUGGAUUCGUGCGAGUUGGGCUUAUCUAUCUAUUGUCUGGAUUUGGUGGGAGCAUACUAUCUUCUCUUUUCAUUCAGCGUAAUAUUUCUGUUGGUGCCUCUGGUGCUUUAUUUGGCCUUCUUGGAGCAAUGUUAUCAGAGCUUUUGACUAACUGGACUAUCUAUACAAAUAAGGCUGCAGCUCUCAUCACACUUGUAAUCAUCAUUGCCAUUAACUUGGCAGUAGGGAUUCUUCCUCAUGUUGACAACUUUGCACAUAUUGGAGGUUUCUUUGCUGGCUUUCUCCUUGGGUUUGUUUUGCUGCUCCGUCCCCAAUUUGGGUGGGUGGAACGUCAGCACCUUCCUGCUGGUGCUCGUGUAAAAUCUAAGCACAAGGCAUACCAAUAUGUUUUCUGGGUGCUUGCUGUGGUUUUACUCAUUGUUGGUUUCACAGUUGGGUUGGUAAUGCUGUUUAGAGGAGAGAACGGAAACGACCAUUGCAGCUGGUGCCAUUACCUGAGCUGUGUGCCUACAUCAAAAUGGCGCUGUGGAAACUAAUGCAAACAUUACGAAUACUACCAUACCUAGACUUGAUCUCGCUCACCGAUUCUUUCCUGAUUCCCCUUUUUUAUAUUUUAUUCAUUUGUUAAUUUCUUCGAGUUGGUAUUGCUUAUGUAUAUGCAUAGUUUUUGACUUCUGAGAUUAUAUAUCUUUGGACAUCAGAGAAUCCAUUGUUAUAUAUUUGGUUGAUAUA